AUGCUGAGGACCGGGGCUCUGUGGCUGCUGCUGCUGCUGCUGGCGCUUGCAGAGGGACGGGCGCUGUCGGAGGGCCCGGCCUGGGGCCUGUGCCAGCAGCUGUCUCAGAAGCUCUGCACGCUGGCCUGGAGUGCGCACUCCCCCCUGGGGCAGAUGGAUCUGCCGAGAGAAGAGGAAGAGGAGACUGCAAACGACGUCCCUCUGAUCCAGUGUGGGGAUGGCUGUGACCCCCAGGGACUCAAGGACAAUAGUCAGUCCUGCCUGCGAAGGAUCCACCAAGGCUUGUCUUUUUAUGAGAAGCUGCUGGACUCCGACAUCUUCACCGGGGACCCCUCUCUGCUCCCUGAUGGCCCCGUACACCAGCUCCGUGCCUCUCUCCUGGGCCUCAGGCAACUCUUAGCGCCUCAAGGUCACCAGUGGGAGACUGAGCAAAACCCGAACCCCAGUCCUAGCCAGCCAUGGCAGCGCCUCCUGCUCCGCCUCAAGAUUCUUCGCAGCCUGCAGUCCUUCGUGGCUGUGGCUGCCCGCGUCUUUGCCCAUGGAGCAGCGACCCUGAGCCCCUAAAGCAGCAGCCAAGGCUGGCGCCCACAUCGCCACACUCAGCACUAAGAUGAACCCAUCUGCCUGGGACCUGCGAACCGACAAGUUCAUUAGCCCGUUCAUGCUGUUGGAACUUGGAUCUGCUGACAAAUUACCCGUACUAAGUGAUGUUGAUCUAGGCCAAGACCAA